CCCAGAACCUUUCCCUCCUCCCAGUUUGGCAACAAUCCCUUCUCUUCCCUGGCCGGGAACUCCGACAGCUCGUCCUCCCAGCCUCUGCGGACUGAGAACCGAGAGCCCCUCCCUAACCCCUGGAGCCCCUCGCCCCCCACCUCCCAGGCCCCCGGGUCCGGGGGGGAGGGCACCGGAGGAUCGGGGACCAGCCAGGUGCACCCGACAGUCUCGAACCCUUUUGGGAUCAAUGCGGCUAGCCUGGGGUCAGGGGUGUUCAGCAGCCCAGAGAUGCAGGCCCUCCUCCAGCAGGUCUCUGAAAACCCCCAGCUGAUGCGGAACGCGCUCUCAGCCCCCUACAUGCGCAGCAUGGUGCAGACGCUGGCCCAGAACCCCGACUUCGCUGCCCAGAUGAUGGUGAAUGUGCCGCUGUUCGCGGGGAACCCCCAGCUCCAGGAGCAGCUCCGCCUUCAGCUCCCGGUCUUCCUCCAGCAAAUGCAGAACCCGGAGUCCCUUUCCGUCCUCACCAACCCCCGGGCCAUGCAGGCGCUCUUGCAGAUCCAGCAGGGCCUACAGACCCUGCAGACCGAGGCCCCCGGGCUGGUACCCAGCCUUGGCUCCUUUGGGAUGUCCCAGACCCCGGCACCCCCGGCAGGCAGCAACCCCGGGUCUGCACCCGAGGCCCCCACCUCCUUGCCGGCACCCCCUGCCGCGUCUCCUGCCACGUCUGCCGCGGGGGCUUCCAGUACUCAACAGCAUCUCAUGCAGCAGAUGGUCCAGCUGUUGGCUGGUGGCGGCGGGAGCUCGCAGGUGCAGACACCGGAAGUGAGGUUCCAGCAGCAGCUAGAACAGCUCAACUCCAUGGGCUUCAUCAACCGCGAGGCCAACCUGCAGGCCCUGAUUGCCACAGGAGGGGACGUCAACGCAGCCAUUGAGAGACUCCUGGGCUCGCAGCUCUCCUAA